AUGGCGGCCAGCCUGGGGGAGGUGUGCGCCCUGCUACUGGUGUCCCUGCUGUGGGGCGGCACCAACCCGCUGCUGAAAGCGGGCACCGCGGGCCUGGACGCCGUGCGGAGCCAAGGCCGGGGGCCCGGCCGAGCUCAGCUGCUGCAGCUCUUGGAGGAGAUGAAGUUCUUGGCUCUCAACUACAAGUACAUGGUGCCCUUCGUCCUCAAUCAGUGUGGCUCCCUCCUCUUCUACAUCACGCUGGCCUCUGCAGAUCUGACCCUCGCCGUGCCCCUCUGUAACUCGCUGGCCCUGCUCAUCACGCUGGGAGUCGGCCGGCUCUUUGGGGAAGACAUCGGUGGGAAACGGGCGGCGGCGGGCCUGCUGCUCACCAUCUCCGGCCUGGCCCUGUGCAUAGCGAGCUGUGUGAGCGACAGUCAGUGACCGUGGCCCGGGACCCCGCAGAGCUCCAAGGAAGCAGGCGGGGAUCCGUGGAUGGUGGGGGUCCGUGGCCUUGUGGAGGCGGAAAGCUGAAGGGCCCGUGGCCGCGAGCUGGUCCCCGCCUGCCGGCCCCUCCCGCCCACCCCCGCCCCCGCA